AUGUGGGCACAAGUUGUGGGUCCAAGCAAGCCUACCAUUGAGUGCAGCCUUAACUACAAAGGGGAGAGGAUCCACCUACCGGGGAUGCUGGACACCGGUGCUGACGUGACCAUCAUCGCUCGCUCAGAUUGGCCAUCACAGUGGGACCUACAACCCAUUGCAGGCAUGAUUUCGGGAAUUGGUGGGGCUACUGUAUCUAUGCAAAGCAAGAACAACAUCCUCAUCGAAGGGCCUGAAGGCAAGCUGGCAACCAUCCGCCCAUUUGUGGAACUAUUUCCAUGUGCUAUCAUCUACCACUAUAUGGAUGAUAUCUUAGUUUGUGCAUCUGAUAAGAGUUACUUAGAAGAAGCGAUCAAAAUGACCAUCGAAACCAUAGUAAAGACAGGAUUUGAGAUUCGUGAGGACAAAAUACAGUACACCAGCCCAUGGACCUAUCUUGGAGUCUAG